ACAAACGAUUGUUCAUUUUCUAAAAUUAAUUUAAUUUGGCCGCGCCACACAACACCUACCAAGCCGCGUUCACAAAAACGUGUUUCAAGAUGGCCGCAGCGUUCAGGAAGCAGGGUGAGGGCGAUGUAAAAGUCACGAAAGAAGACCAGGAGAUGAUCAACGAUUUUGCUAGGCAAAAUGCCAGGCUUGAAGACGCAACAGAAGACAUAAAAGAGCUAGAGAAGGAGAUGCGCAACUUAGAAGAUGCUGCAGGUGAAAUUCUUCUGGUGGCUGAAGAUGACAUCCAAAUACCGUAUAAGCUGGGAGACAUAUUUGUCAGCAUGGACCCUGAGGAAGCCCAACAAAGGAUUGAACGAAUUAGGGAGGAAAACAAAGCACGGACCAAAGUUCUUGAAGAGGAGGCUCGCAAUAUUAAGGGCAUCAUGGCUGAACUGAAGUCUCAGCUGUAUAACAAGUUUGGAAACAGCAUCAACCUGGAGCCUGAUGACAGCUAGCCCACUUAGCUGUGUGUGUGAACACAAUCUAACUUAACAAAAACUGCUUCUUUUUUUUUUUUGUCAGCUUGUCUUUUGGAAUGUUGUUUCUGAACUUAUUUAAUGUUCUGCCCCUUCAAAGUUCAGCCAACUGUACUUGAAGGCAUGUGCUGCUUCAAAUAAAACCCCGUUGUGUGAUAAAUAUAAACAUUGUGCUGAAUAUCACUGAGUAUCACUCAGUUGCAGCUCAUAAAAUAGGCAACAAAUAAAAUAAACCUUACAAUGUUUUCCGGUUGACUCAGUUGACAGUAUCAUUAGUAAGUAUAAUCGUAUGCCUUGAAGUACUUUAGUGAUUUUAUCAAUGUAACAAACUUGGGUGGCUCAUAUUUCACCAAGGCCAUUGGUGUCAAGUUAUGGUUUAAAAUCAUUUUUGUGCAUUUGUUAUGAUGCAACCCUGAAUUGUAUUACAAGUAUGUGUUUCAAUUAACUCUUAGCUUAUUAUGAACUGUGGUCAUGUCUCCACUGUUGUGACUAUGCUGAUACUUGAAUCCUUAAAAUAUUUUGAUCCACCCUGCGAGGCACUGUCGCGCCCAAUAUGAGUUGCAACAUACUUCCCAUGGUCUAAGUGGCGGCAAUGCUGUGUGGCUGCAUCGAUGUAGAAAACAUUAAGUGAUGGAAACACUCUUUCGACUGUUGGUAUUCGCAAAACCCAUCUUACGUUUGCCGAUGUUGCAGUGUAGGCUGGAAGCCCCUUCAAGCAUGGCCACAGUGUUGCAACUCGUAUUGAGCCCCACUGUACAUUCCUCAUUGACUUCAGCCUAUAUAAAGAGAUUUGUUCAUUCCAA